AUGAGUCAAAAUCCCAGUACCCAACCUAUAAAAAUUGAAGAGAAUAUUUCUUAUCAAGAUAUCAUAAUCUAUACCGAUGGUUCAAAAAUUGAAAACAAAGUUGGGUGCGCUUUUGUUGUUUUUUCUGACAACACUGAAAUAUAUCAUCAAACAUUUAAAUUGGGUGAAUUAUCCACAAUCUUCCAGGCUGAGAUGAUUGCAAUUCUGGAGGCCAUUGUGUGGACAAACAGAGAAUACAAACUCAAAAACAUCAUCAUUAUAAGCGAUAGUGCAUCUGCUUUAGCAAUAAUUAAAAGCACCAAAUUAAAUCCAAUUUCUACAAAAAUUAAAGAACAAAUAACUGCCUCUAAAAACAAUUAUAGUUUCAUGUGGACCAGAGCACACGAAGGAACUAUCGGGAAUGAAAGAGCGGAUGAAUUGGCUAAGUCGGCCACUAAUGACCAAAAUUUAACGAUAUCAUACAACAAAAUUAGUUUACAGACAGCUAAAAAACUUUUAUGGAAUGAUGUUUUGUAUAAAUGGCAGCAGAAAUGGAAUACAUACAAAGAGAAAACUACGUACAAGUUCUUCCCAAUUAUAAAGGACAUAUACAAAUAUCAUUGGAUACAACCUACACACUUAUUAACACAAUUCUUCACUGAUCAUGGAAAAUUUGCANUUAAAAAAAAAAAUUGUUUAUAUUUUGUUAACUAA